AUGUUAUCCCCAGAGACUCCACAGCACACUGCUGCCGAUGAGGAGCUGAAUAUUGACAAUAUCAACGAGCUCGACGAAAGCGACAUCCAGGGAUUGGAUUUGGAAGAUGAACGUGAAUCAACUGCAAGCACUACGUAUACUCAACCGGCUGUGAAACGAGAAAGAGUCGAUGAAAAUUUCGAGGAAAGAUUCGAUUUGCAAGACGACUUCAUGCCUCGUGUCAACAUCAGUUCACCGUUUUCGUCUGAUGUCGACGUGAAAAAAUACGCACAGCGUGCACACUACGCUUCGCAGCAGCGUAAACUAUCGUUGUCACAGCAGUCGAAAUUCAUAUCUUACUGCGACGACAAACUACUGGCAAUUCAACGAAAAUUCGUACAAUCUAGAGGGCUGAAUGAGGAAAAUGGCUAUCAAGGUCUAGGACCGCUUUUAGAAGAUCUCAAAACGGUGUUGGAUUUCGUAUGGUUCUCUAUAGAGGGCCUUACCAAUACUGAAUUACUUUUGAAAAUGGGUCUGAACGCAAUGACUCAGGACCAGUUUGCAGGCACGCAGCAAACAAGUUUUGGCCAGGUAAACUAUCUCAUAAGGGUGGCAGACGACUUUUUGGACUACCUCACGAAGUUUGAACUGAAUAAAAUGAGCAGUGACGAGCAGCACAAAACUGUCUCCAAGGCUUUCAAAUUUAUGAUUAUUCUGGACGUGUCAUUUGCACGUCUUCUGGAAGGCCUGGUACCGGGAAACACUAAGCUAAGCGGCACAGAAAUGGUAAGGAUUGCAGGAAUCGCGGAGCGCACUCGAACCGCUGUACCUCGUUACUUAAGUGAACAGCAGAUCCAUGGAUACCAUUACGAAGUAAGCAAAAUAUACGAGGAGACGCUUGAGAGAUGCGCAUAA